GACCGCUCUAGCCAGUUUAGAAAGUGAGAGAAAAUCAAAAAGAAUGUUAGUUGCGAAAUUUAAUGCAUCAUAUCUGUAAACACGCUGAUAGGAUUCAAGUUUUUAAAUUUCCAUCUUUCUCAAUACAAUCACGCGACAAAAUGAGUCAAAUCUCAAAUACUAAAUACACUCAUAUUCAUACAUAUUCUAUAUUAAUGUUAACUAGUUAAACUUGCUAUAGCGGUCAAAAGCCCUGGACUUGAUAAAGUCAAGGACAGUGAGUGAAAGGAAUACAGCAAAUGUUUUAGUAUGAUUGUAUUUAAUAGUUAAGUACAUGCACGCCUUGUCCUCUAAAUUUAUUUUAUUUAAUGUGUAAUAUUUAUGUCUUUAUUUUACUUAUGUAUGUCUCAUUAAAGAAGCGUGAAUUUCUCCCUAAAGACAUAUGAUUCAUUUAAAGUAGUAUUAUUUGAGUAGUUUAAAAUAUCUUUUAUUUGGUGACAUUUAAAGUUUACAUCAGACAGUCAAGCCGAAGUUGAAUGAAAUUUUUUAUUGUGACGUCACAAUUUUCAUUUUUGCAUAAAAAUGGCGACGGAAAGUAGAGUUUUUUAUGAAAAAGGAGAAGACUUUAAGGAUGUUUGGCAUGGAGCUGAAACUAAUCACACGGACACACAUCUUGAAAUUCUUGGUAAACCUGUCAUGGAACGCUGGGAAACUCCAUAUAUGCAUAAACUAGCUGAAGUGGCUUGCUCAAAUGGUGGUCGAGUACUAGAAGUUGGCUUUGGAAUGGCUAUUGCAGCAAAAGCUAUACAAAAUUCUGCAAUUGAUGAGCAUGUCGUCAUUGAAUGCAACGACGAAGUGUUUAAAACGUUGGAAAGGUUUGCUGAAAAUGCUGUCCCUAAAGUUCAUCCGAUAAAAGGUCUUUGGGAAAAUGUCAUUUCACAAUUUGAGAAUGGAAGUUUUGAUGGAAUUUUAUAUGACACCUAUCCUUUGUCAGAAAAAACCUGGCAUACACAUCAAUUUCCAUUUUUUGAAGAAGCGUUUCGACUCUUAAAACCAGGUGGAAUUUUCACUUAUUGCAAUCUCACGUCUUGGGGUGAAAUGCUGAGGUCAAAGUUCAAUAAUAUUGAAGAAAUGUUUGCUGUAAGUCAAAUCCCUGAAUUAGUUAAAGUUGGUUUCAAAGAAGAAAGAAUUUCUUGGGAUGUAAUCACGAUUUUGCCUCCAGAUGAAUGUCGAUAUUAUAGCCACAGUAAAAUGAUCGUUCCUCGCAUCUUAAAAUGAAUGCCCACCAAAAAUUUUUGUAUUGAUAAGUAGAAAACUUACGUUAUUUUUUGUUGAGGAUAAAAUAAAGAACUUAUUGCUUUGC